UUUGUUUCUCAGUAAUCGAACCAUCAUUCAGUGUUUAGGUCUCAGUACAGUUUAAGGCAGGUCUGAGCAAAGAUAGACAUGGACCCUGUUACAGCUGCAGCAGGAGCAGUAGGAGCUGUUGUGGCGGCCCCUUUUGUUCUGGGGGCAGCAGGUUUCACCUCAGCUGGGAUAGCAGCAGGCUCUGUGGCUGCUAAAAUGAUGUCAGUUGCUGCAGUUGUAAAUGGAGGAGGAGUGGCAGCAGGAGGUGUGGUGGCUACUCUGCAGUCAGCAGGUGCGGCUGGUCUGUCAGGAGCUGCCUCUGCAGUUGUGGGUGGUGCUGGAGCAGCAGUGGGAUGGCUGGCUAGCUUCAUCAGCUGAAAAUCCUGACAGAAUAAUGUAUAAGGAAUAAUAAAUACGCUUAUCUGAUGGAAACAAUUGGAAAUUCUAUUAAUGAA